GCAAAAAAUAAGGAUAAAACCGAUGGAAACAUCAAAACAGCUUUGUAGAACUUCUAGUUGCGGAAAUUUUAGAGGCUACUACUGUAAAGAUCACAAAGAAACUCUUUGUCAUAGUUGCCAUGAUGCUUUUCACUUCCAGUGUGAUUACAUGAUCCUACCCAAACCAGAUGAAAUUGUGGAAGCUACCGUACUCCUUCAAAGUUUUGUGCAUAGUCUGUAUCAAGAUGCCAGCGAUAGCAAACUAAUGGAUAAAAUCAAAGGACUUCAAGAAUCUUUAGACAACUUUAAUAACGUGGUAAAGAAAUAUAAGGAAAAAGCUUUCUAUGCAGUAAAGAAAGAUGAGUUCCUGACAUUUAAUGACCUAAAGUUAGAAGCCAGGAGUAUCAAAUCUGAUGCUUUCAAAGGAAAAUAUGGGAUAUCUAAAGCCGGAGACAACCAUAUCUUUGAACUCCUGUUUCAUUUGCAAUUGAUAAAGUGAAUGAAUAAGAAAAUGAAGUCUCAUAAAGAUAUGAAAAUUGAAAAUACUCAAAUUGAAUCUGUGAAGCCUGUAGAUAUUGGUAUAGAUACUGAUAGACCUACCUGUGACCCUAUAGGGGAGAAAGAAAAAUUGGAUAUGGAAAAUACAGAUUCAGAAAGUAAUCAUCACAAAGAAGAGGUUGAAUUAGAUACUGGCAUUGAAAAAGAUAACACAAACACAGAGAACUCAAUUGUUAUCAAUAACCAGAUUUCUAAAAGCAGGAUUUUGGAAAAUGAAAUCAGUAAAUAUCAAGCUAAAGAGGAGACUCAAUCGCAGUAUAUUGAAGAAAUGAAAGAAGAGAUUAAUGACUUAGUCAAAGAGAAUACGUAUUUAAAGGAAAAUAUGAAGACGAAUAAAAAUAUUAAGUCUGAAUCAGAAACUAUAGAUGAUUACUACCAGGCGAAAUGAAGGGCAUUAUACAAGAACUAUUUCAAAAUAGGCCAUCAAUUUGAUCAGGAUUCAAUUUGCUGAUUAGAUUUGAAUUCGACUAUUGAUAUAAAUUUUAUGAAUGCUUUACUGCGCCAUAGAGUUAAACUUCCGAGAAUUCAAGAACUUUCUUUCGAGUCUCAGUAUUGCAAAGAUUUGAAUUAUCUUAAUAGAUUUAUAUCCCAAGCUAUAUCAGGAGAUUUAAAACUAUUUAAUAUUGUAUGUUCCAGCUGGAUUAUUGAAGGAGCAAAGAUCAUUUCAGGGUUAUCAAAUACAUUAUCAAAAGUCAUAAAGGAAGCAGAUUUAGGUGGACUUAUAUUAAGCUCUCAGCAGUUUUGCGAUAUUAUUGGCUAUUCUACUCAGAUGGAAAGAUUAGUUUUUAGAUCCUGCCAAAUAAAUAUAGGGAAAGAUAUAAUCGAAAUCAAAAUGAUAAAUACAAGAAUGCAUUAUUUAGGCUUUCCAAGCACUCAGAUAAAAGAUCCAUGAUGGCCUACUUCCUUAUCGGUAGAAGACAUGUUUGGAAAAAUCAUUAAAGCUGUGAGUGGCUCUUCAAUUAAAAACACAUUGGAGAUUUUAGAUAUUAGUGAUUGAUGAGUGAAAAAGCAAGAGAUUAUCAAAAAAUUGAAGAAAAAUGGGUUAGAAAAUGUUUUAGUACAAAAGAAUGAUAAAACACAGUAAAU